AUGGACGCUACGAGGCCCGUAAACUCUCGUGAGGAGAUCCACCCUGAGGUCCUCAAGAACUUGCAGACUCUGUGGCGUGAGGACCGUGAAGCGAUCGUUCAGAGAUUACUCGCACACGAACCGAACUCGGAAAAGACAUUCUACUGUUUGCUGAUGAAGUACCGACAUGAUCACCUCGAGAAUUACGGCCGUGAGUCGAUGACGAGUCCGACGCCGGUCGCAGUACAACAAGAUCCCGACGUCGACAGAUCACGGCAACCAACUCGGGCACCACCACCCAUUCCUACAUCGUCCGGGUCGAACACUAGGAGGAAGAGUGUGAGCCGGUCCAGAACGAGGAGUAUGGCUGCCAGCACGCCACAAACUCCACGGUCACAUCACCGUAAAGCAUCAUCGAUCGUUACUGUUUCGUCAGCACACAAGCGAAAUGUGUCCUUCUCGCAUGCGAGGGCUCGAGUUGCUGCUGCGCGAGCGAACUCGAAUUCUCCGGAGAAGAUAUCGCCUUCGAAGCGGCAGAGUGUCGGGUAUGGCAACGGGUAUGGUUCCGUACAUAAUUCACCAAGGAAGAGUACGGUUAAUGCUGCGAGACGAGCUCCGCCUGUUCCGCCUAAGCACUUCAGUUGGCAGAAUCCUGCGUUUAAGAUUGACGUGCUUGAUGAAGUUGCGAGGAAAGUGUCUGCGGAUUUCGCCCUUGAGUGUGAGAGUGCGUUCAAUGGGUUUGGGACCAGUCCGGAUGUAAAGGCUGCACCUCCUCCGCCUGUGCUGCCAAAGCAGGACCUCCUGAACAAUGACCGGAAGUCUGGGUUCUUGGAUGAUGUCGUCGCACACCUCGACGUUGGCGGUACCGGCAACUUCAUGGGCUCCAUGCCCAUGAUCUGGGAAGAAGCAGAGCGUUACGCAGACGCAGACGAAGAAACAGCACACAUCACAACAGCACAAAUAACCACCGCCGUUAAGAAACGCGCAGUUCUAUCCGAGCCAAACCCCCUUACGCCUCCACCCAAAGAACGACGAGCGGUAUCUGCGCCUAUACCGCAUGAUGCACCACAUUUGAUAGCGCUGAAUGCGCCGGUGUUGGCGGAGCCGGUGGAGAAGGCUAAGAAGCCGGGCUUGUUUAGGAGGAAGACUACGAAGACGAACAUGAAGGUUGAGGAUGUGUUCAAGCCGCAGAGGGAGGCACCGUCGAGACCUGAUCGGGAGAUUAGGGAGGAGGUAUUGAGGCAGGUGGAGCAUCAGAAC